AGCAUUCAUGAACGCACUCUGGUUACUCACAUCGGUCAGACGCAGAGACAUGGUGAGCCUGCUCAAUCGCUUGAUCAAAGUGGAUUCCACCAUUUGUCGACUGUCAAAUUUACAACUAACGACCACAUUUCGACUACAAGCAAUUAUCGUUUUUAUCGUACUCAUUAUCACUUGGGUUGUGCUUAUUAUAAGUGAUGUCUACGCUUAUAAUACAACGAUAUUUGAUUGGUUUAAUGACAUUCUACCGAGUUUCAUCAUCACUCAGUUCUUGUUGCAGUACGCUUUAAUAGUUAAAAUGAUCGAAAUACGGUACAGAAGUCUCAAUAUCGCUAUCGUCGACUUAUCAAAAUCUUCAACGACGAAAACAUUUCGUUCAUUUGUUCUGCGUGAUGAAAUAACCCUGAUGAACUGUGAGUAUCUUCCAAAAGUAAUUGACUUCAGACGAGCACACAAAACUUUGUACGAUAUUGGAUCGGAUGUCGCGGAAUUUUAUUCCUUCCCAAUACUGUUUAUCAUUGGGUUGAGUUGUUUCGAGAUUGUAUACAAUUCUUACUGGAGUCUGAUGCCGUUGACAGUCAACAUCGACGUUGAUCCUGCAUUCAUCGUUAUCAAUUCGGUGGCUUGGAUAUUGGGACUAAUUGUACCGAUUGGUAUUCUUGCAAAAGCCGUUGAGAACAUAACCGCCGAGAUGAGGAAGACGACUGAUGCCAUUUACACGGUGCUUGAUGGAUGCAAUUUAAGUCGAGAAGACAAAGCUGAGGUGAUCAGAAUUUCCACGUGUCAUUAUGAUUCAUCGUUUGUUACGAAGUUCCCUUUCCAACUGUGUUUUUGCGAGUUCCAGCUCGAGCAGUUCUCUGUAGAAUUGCUGCAUCGUAAAAUUGAGUUUAGCGCCUACGGCCUAUUCCCUCUUGACUGUUCCCUAGUGCACUCGAUAUUCAGUUCAACCAUCACCUACCUCGUGAUCCUCUUACAGUUUCAAAUCUCAACAGUGAAGCCGGAGACAUCAGAGAAACCGGAGCUAGCUGCUGACGAGCUGGUUAAAUAAGUGGUUACUUAUCGACAAAUGAGAAUGAUCUAUGUUUGAAAUGCCGUUCUAGGGAUUUACAAAAUACACGAUCAAAUUCGACAGCUGAGACACUUGUUCGAUUUUCUCAAUAUUGUUUUUAGACGAAACUUCAAUCUUAAAGUUUGCACAAAGAGUUGUUGUGUGUUGUUCGACAUUAAUGGUGUACUUCAUUGAAAAUAUGUUCCCAAUGUUCGGUUUUGGAGUAUUGUGUUCUAAUUAAGGAGGGUCUGAACUGAUUUUGCUGCUUGAUAGAGGGAUUGAAGAAAAUAAAGAUUU